AUGGACCAUCUGCCGAAGCCUUUGAAUCAGACAAAUCAUGUCGCAGUCCACUUCUAUACCACCGAAAGGAUUUUCAAGCCAGAUGACUUCUUCACAAUACCUGCUCGAGAGGAAUAUGGUCACACUGACUAUCAGCAGCUGAUGGAAAAAGGCCUCCCCGAAAACAUAGACAUAGACAUAGCACACAAAUUUCUUCAAGACUGGCUCUUCUUCGGACUCAUGGCUCAGGUGCUCGGCAAAGAAAUUGAUUCUUUCGACUUCAACGACGCAGCGUCACAUGUUGUCACGACACGGCCACUCAAGCGAUUGCUUGAGGAUUGGGCAAAACGGAGGCAACUCACGGACCGUGAGCCGAGGACCACUCGACACACGUCGCAUUACAUCCGCGCGUCCAUGGCUCUGAAUCAUGCGAGGAGAUUCACCGCUAAAUAUCUUGCCCAUCGGAUAUCUGAUGAUGAGACUGAUGCCUCAGCUGAAGAGGAGGAGUUGAUAGGCAUCCAUGCCAAGCUCGACAAGAAGUUGACUCUGUCGAUUGGGUUGCUGGGUGAGACCCUGCAAAUAUCUCGGCCAGACCUCGCCAUGUUCCUUCAGCAUCGCAAUCCAUACUGGACCGAUCGAAGCUAUGAGCAGAAGUCUUGGGGUUACAGUGCUUACUGCCGUGAGAUGAUGCUUGACAAAGGCCUCUGUCGGACAGAGAUCCGGCGUUUGGAAUCAAUCUUGCGAUCAACCCGCCUCACGUAUUUUGUGACUUUCUUCGAGCGCAAAGACCCGGACCUUUAUCACACUAAUCCUGAGUGCACUUGGAGACAAUGCGCCCAGAAACCUCUUCGAAGGAAACCAAUGGAUCACCUUAACUGCGAUGGAUCGCAAUGCAGCCUAAUCCUUCCCGGCAACGAAAUAGAUGUGUUUACUUGGGUCAAGGGUGGACACGUGCCUUUGGUGAGGUGGACACACGCUACUGGCAUUGAAUGGUACCCAUUUGAUGCGAGCACUGAAGAUUUGACUUAUGCCGCGGUGUCCCACAGUUGGAAGGAGGAAAUAUUCAGCACGGGCGUUGACGCGAGAGGCAGACACAAUCGAAGCCUGCCUCUGUGUCAGAUAAAACGGCUUCAGGACUCGGUCGACUCCGCGAUACGGAAGUCAACCACCAUUGAUGCCACCUCGGUUGAAAGUAAGCAGUUCAGCGAGCCGAAUUGGUUUUACAUCGAUGCUUUGUGCUUCCCACGAGAUGCCACUGUGAGAGCAACAGCUAUGCAACAAUUGAACGUUGUCUAUCGCAAAGCUCAGGCGGUUGUGGUUUGGGAUCGAGACCUCAUCCAGCGAGACAAACCAGCCGAAAUUCUUGACGCAAAUGUUUUGAUCCAGACAGGCGAUUGGUGCCGCCGCUUGUGGACUCUUCAAGAGGCAGUUCUUGCCCGAAAUUUGUACGUCGAGUUCAAGAAAGGGUGUGUCAGCAUCAAAGACAUCGAAGAAGCAAGGACUCUGGCCGAGAAAAGUCUUCACGAGGACUAUCAUUUUCUGUCCGAUUCUGGGUGGCCGUUCAGCAAGCCAAUCGCGGAGCUGAGGAACCCUAGCUGUUCAUUCAAGGUUCAAAGAGCAUGGGAAGCUGUCCAGUUCCGCCAAAUCAACAACCCCGCCGACGAAUGCUUAGUGAUAGCAGCUCUUCUGGACCUUAACGUAUCCGAGAUCGAAAAGAUCAAGUCCACGAGCGCUCAUGAUGGGAACCGUGACCUGCAGGCACGCCGCAUGAUCAAGCUGUUGGACUUACUCGACCUGAAGCCAGGGAUGGGAAUACCAGCCGGGCUCAUCUUCACCUGUGGCAAAAGGCUGAAGCAGUCCAUCACAGCCACACCGCUAGGGUUUGAAUGGGCACCGAUGACAUGGCUCACAAGACAGUCACAUGUGUUCCCUCAGUCACGCCCAUUGGAAAUGGCCGCAAACUUGAUGUGGCGAGGCGUUCAGGUGCAGCUUCCGGGUAUCCUUCUCCACCCCCCGAUUACGAAUUUCACGGAUACUAUGCUAUGGAUUCCUGUGCAUCCGUCUCUCCAUAUGUGGUAUAAAAUCCAGGUUGUCCUGACCCUCGAGGUCUGGAGAAGCUUCUGGCGCGAUAGGCACAACAGCAAGGAUAUCGCCUUUUUGCUAAGCGUUGCUGAGCCCAAAGAUCGAUGGGAGAUUGGCGCCGUGGUUGUGUCUCAGGGAAGCAUGCAUGACGAGAAUGUCCGAUGUGUUCAAUGGGUCUGCCGGGUCUGGUAUCGUCUGGAGGCAAAUACUCACAUCGUUGGGGAAAUGUGCGACAGGUUCCGACAACAUCCUGACGAGAUGAGUUUUGGAGAGCGUCUAAAAGUAGACCAGAAAUGGUGCAUCGAUGGUGUGUACGAACCAGAGGCGAAGCCGCAAGUUGGUAGUGCGUCGAAGUCACAGCUGCUGGUAUCGCCGCCCUUGCCUCCGUCAGCCUCAUCCACAUACACAUCGUCUCCGGAACAAACACCAUCAUCAGGCCGGGCCCAAAGCUCGGCUAGCUACUCGGCGCGGUCUAGACGCUCAGGUUUGUAG